AAUAAUUUAAUAUCCUUGACAGGACAACUUAAUGGAAAGGCUGAUGAAUUUGUGUCCAGAGGAAACCCGAUCUCUUCUAGUCAAGUAUUUCAAUAAGGUGAUAGAUCUUCGAAUAGAAUUCCGCAAACAGGAGAUCGCUUUUUCUGAUCUUGAGAACCAAUAUGAGGAGCAGUCACGGUAUAUUAGCGACCUGAAGGCAGCAUAUCAACAAGCUAGUCUGGAGAUGGAGAGACGCAUCACUUCACAGCAGCGUGAUUACCAGCAAAAAAUAUCCACAUUGUUAAGACAAUUCAAUGAUGAUUCUUCAGGAUCUGGUGCUCAUGAGUUCCGUUUACGUGAAACGGAAAAGCAGCUCUUCUAUUAUAAAAAACUAAGUCGAGAUUUAAAGGCCAAACUCCGUCAAUACAGCGAGGAUACUCGGAACGAUAGACUGAGGGAAGCACAGGCAGGUGAGUCGCCUAGAAUUUUUUAUAGGGAGCAACUUAACA